CUUUAUAAAAUGUCAUAUUGGGUGGGUACCGCAGCAGCGCCAAAAGAAAUUAGUAUAAAAGAAGAAAUUGAGUGAAAUUCGUAACAACGUUCAAUUCUCUGAUUCUUCUUUUGCAGCAUUUGGGUUUCUCCUGAUAUUUCUGGGUUUUGCGUAUCCAUUUCUCUCUCCGGUUCGCAAUCGCUCAAUCCGAUCAAUUUCUUGCUGGGUUUUGCAUCUUCUCUGGAUGGAUUCUGAACCACCUUCGAAACGUUUGAAGAUGAUGGGCUCCAAAGGUUUCAUCAACGAGUCUGAAUUCAUUAGGAUCAUCACUGAUACACUUUACUCGCUUGGAUUUGAUCAAAUCGGGAAACUUCUAGAGGACGAGUCUGGCAUUCCUCUGCACAGCACUGUCGCUAAGCAGUUUCUGGAACAAGUAAAGAAUAGAGAGUGGGACAAUAGCAUUGCUACAUUGCGGGGAAUUGAAUUGCAAAACGAAAAGGCUGUGAUAUUCUUGCUACUAGAGUACAAAUUCUUUGAGGUUCUCAAGAUGCAAAAGGAUACUGAUGCUCUGGCAACCUUAAGAAAGGAGAUGACGCCUCUUGGUUUUAACAAGAAGCGCGUUCAUGAGCUCGCAUCCAUACUAAUAUCAGCUUCUGCCGAAGAUAAAGAAAGUGUGAAUUCAGGGUCUAAGGUUGUGGAGACACUGCAAAACUUGUUUCCUCCUGCAACUUUUAUCCCAGAAAAGAGAUUGGAGUAUCUCAUAGAGAAGGCCCUUGAUUAUGAGCUGUUUCUCUGUGAGUGCCAUAAUAUUCCGAAUUGUGAUUUGUCCCUAAGCUCUGAUCAUCAUUGUGGGAUCCAUAAAAUUCCUUCUAAGACUGUACAGACUUUGAAGAACCAUACGGAUGAAGUCUGGUUCUUGGAAUUCUCACAUGAUGGCAAGUAUUUGGCUUCAUCUUCCAAGGAUAAAUCAGCAAUUAUAUGGGAGAUCGAUGCACAGGGGAAGUUUUCGGAGAAGCAUAAACUUGUGGGACAUGAGAAGCCCGUGGUAAUGGUUUUGUGGAGUCCUGAUGAUAAACAAGUCGCUACAUGUGGAGAAAAUGAGGUUAUCAGGAGCUGGGAUGUUGAGUCAGGAGAAUUUAUUCAAUCGUACGAAAGAAAUGGUGUUGGUUCUGUUUCUUGUGGAUGGUUUCAUGAUGGAUCAGGUAUAAUUGCUGGGAUGACAGACAGAAGCAUCUGCUUGUGGAAUUUAGAUGGGACUGAGCUAGUGCAUGAGCAAGGUCCACGGGAACAGAAGCUUUCUGAUGUAGCCAUGACAAAUGAUGGGAAGUGGCUUGUAAGUGUGGACAGUGUGCAUGUGAUCUCAUUGUUUAAUAGAGAAACCAGAGCUGUGAGACUGAUUACAGAGGAAGACAUGAUUACCUCGUUCUCGCUGUCGAAAAACAACAAGCAUCUUCUGAUCAAUCUCAUUACCCAGAAGAUCCAUGUCUGGAACAUUGAAGGCCAACCAUAUAAAUGUUUUGAAUAUAAUGGCCACAAGCGUAGUCGGUUUAUCAUCAGGUCAUGCUUUGGUGGCUAUGAAGACAGCUUCAUCGCCAGUGGGAGUGAAGAUUCUCAGGUGUACAUAUGGAUCAUACGAAGAUUACAGAAGGAACCUUGUAUUGUAUUGCGAGGACACUCAGGAGCUGUGAACUGCGUGAGCUGGAACCCGAUUAACCUGCAUAUGUUGGCUUCAGCAAGUGACGAUGGAACCAUUCGGAUUUGGGGACUUGACACAAAGUUGAAGUGAUUCAAUGGUAACAGAUGAUGAUGACUUGGACUGCAGAUUAGUUUCAAUUGACAUUCAUCGUGUACAUAUGAUAUAUAGCUUUUAGUGUGGGUUGUUGCAUUCUUCAUUCUCGUGACGAUGUUUUUACUUCUUUUGACCGUAAUGGAAUAGAGGCUGAAUACCAAUAGAUAGAAAAAGGGAAAAUAGAAUAAUGCAUUUGAGACAUUUGCUCUUAUGUUGUUGCUUCACCUUUCAUUUUUCUCAUCAGUAUUAUUUUUCUCUCUAGGGUCAUUUUCAAAAUUUGACGACCUUCCGAUAAAAUCUGUAUUGACUUUGGUCAUUUAACUAAAAAUGUAUAUUCUUAUAAAA